ACGAGAUACUUUCGAGUUGGGAAAAAAUCUAUAUAUCUUGAUGUGGUUUAUUCUAUUAAAUCAGUCGCGUAUGUAGUUAAUCAACAAGUAAAAAAGAUAGAAGAUAUAAUUGUGACUUUGUGAUAAAAUCAAGUUUUUUGGUCGGAUUUUUAAUUUUGUGAAGGAACAAUAACAAUAUGUGGUGGCGUCAAAUAGAAGCGAGAACAACAGUUGGAAAACUUGCUCAACCAUUAAUAGCUAUUAUCGCUUUGACACUGAUUGGGGAUGCGGCAGCAUGUGAAAGAACAAUGCUAAGAACAAGGAGCAUAUCUAACUACGAUAAACAAUUGAUAUUGGACUUACACAAUGCAAUGAGACAAUCAAUAGCGUUGGGACAAAUAGGGGGACAGCCACCAGCGGCAAAUAUGAUGGAAAUGAAAUGGGACGAGGAGCUGGCCGAACGAGCUCAAAAAUGGACCCAGACAUGCUAUUCUGAAACUCAUGAUCACCAAAGGGACGUCUCACGAUUUCCUGUGGGCCAAAAUAUAGCAACUACAUGGACAACUAAACCACCUGGUGGAUACUAUGAUACUGAACCUGAUUUUGCGGAUGCCAUCAGCAAAUGGUUCAACGAAUACAAAUCCUUCCAUUUUGGCCCUAUUGGAAGAGGAAACACUGGGCAUUAUACGCAGCUUAUAUGGGCUGAAACGAAUUUAAUUGGAUGCGGAUAUUCUUUUUACUAUGAUUCUUCUAAAGGAUAUACGAAGAACUAUGUUUGCAAUUACGGUCCAGGAGGAAAUGUGUUAGGGCAACCGCCCUACGCGAAAGGAUACCCAAACUGCAAUAAAAAUGGAUUAACCGAAUCUAUUAGAUUCUCUGGGCUCUGCAAUAAACCAGUAGCAGCAAAACCAACAUCAACUUCAAACACGUAUUUCUUUGGUUUCUCUAAUUACCUUGGAAGAAAAUAGAAUCUGGUACGAUAGUCAGAUGAAGAAACGUCCAAAUUAUUGGUAUUACAUAGUUAUAACUUUUGCCCAGUAUUCUACCCGUAUUUUAAUAUCACAUAACGAAAUCCAUAUUAAUUUUAAUUUUUAAUUGUUUGAUUUGUUGAAGAAUUAACGAUUAUCAUAAAUAAUAUGGUACUACAAUAUAAAUUGUACCAAGACUAUUAACUAGCGCAGUCCCAGGUAACAUUCAUCAGGUAAAAAAUAUAUGUAUACAAAGAUAGCCGUUUGUUAACGGUCCGUUGUCCGGUGAAAAAACCGGACGUCUACAAGCGCUCUAAGGGGUACAUUAUACAUCAGUUGAGGAUAAAUAUACUCAACUUCCAAGUGAUGUCAAAAUUUAGUUUUAUUGUAAAUACUAUCAUUCAAUUUAUUAUCAAAAUAGGGCAGUUAUACAAAAAACUUUCUAUGAGAUUUGUAUUGAAAGUCAACUUUAUUUUGUUCGUGAAAUUACUCUUUUCCCAAACUUUUUCACUCAAAAAAAUGAAGCGUUAUUUAGACCAAUAGACAAAAUUUAAAUUAUAAUAAUUUUCAAUAUAAUUUACCAAUAAUACUAAUCACUUGAAUUUAAAGUUUGGAAAAGCAGUAUUUGUUUAAUAAAACAUACUUCUUAGGAUAUGCUGUAAUGACUAUACUAGAGGAAUUUUAUAAUAAAAAUAAUUUCGAAUAUUUACUAAAAAAUUAUACGUAAUACAUUUCUAAGAAAGAUUAUCAAGACUCUGUUAGUGGAAUCAUUAUAUUGUCACUUAGCUUUAGAAAAAUGAAUUUAAUCGUAUAAAAUGUUUUGUUUUGUACAUAUUUUUAUUUAUGUUCAUAAGAUAAAUAUCUAUUCUAUUUGUAUAAUGUGUAAAUAUAUUUAUUUUUUUAAA